UCCCUCUUUGGUCAGGUUGUGGUAUCAGUUCAGUAAAGUCAAUUGAUGAUGUCAGAGUUGGAUAAGGUUGUUCUCUUUUGAUGCUAGUGAUUGCUUUAUUCCUUUAUUCUGAGACUGGAUUUUACUUUUAGCAGGAGCCUUUUAGAAGUAAGGGAAAGUGGUAGCAGAUAUUGAACCCCAUCCUGUGAACAGGUCGCUGGUUCAACACCCAGGUCCUAUCUUCUUCUAUCUUCUUUUGGCACAACAUCUCUAAAAAUGGACACUCCUGCUCUGUUGGUUCUAUUCUACAUUGCUCUCUUCACAUGUUGCUUAGCAGGUGCUGAAGAAGAUGGUAUAGCGAUUAUCAAAACUGGUGAGGUGCUAGUCCUGGACUGCUUUGUGGAAGGCCCGGAUGGAGAACAAGACCAUGAAGUCGUCUGGUUACUGAACGGUAACCAGGUGUCCAACGCUUCUAGACUAGUCCUGGAAGACCUGGACCAUACUUAUCACGGCAGCAACAUAACAUGCUACAAUGGAACAGCUCUGGUGCAAUCCAGGAUCAUACAUUUUCAUCAUGAAGAUGUCCUAGAAGUAGGUGAGACAUUGAGACUGAACUGCACAACGUAUCCCACCACUGCCUCCAAUGUAACAUGGCACCAUAGCAACAAGAUGGUUACAUCAGACUGGGUUAUCACUGACCUUGAUAAUGGCACAUCGCAGCUGAAGAUACCCAAUGUGAUGCUUGAUGAUAGUGGGGUUUACUCCUGCAUGUCUCCACAAGGUGCUACCAUCAAGGUCUUCAAUGUCUCAAUAGGAUUAUUUCCACAAGCGCCAGAAGUUGACUGUUUUGGAUGCAAUACUGUGGACUUCACUUGUGAAUGGAAGGACAUUUCUGAUACUCAUUUACCAACUGAUGUCACCUAUGAAUACAAAGAGUACGGAUUUCAAAAAUCCUGGACCGAGUGCCCAGGUUAUCGUGAGUAUGGAUGUCACUUCGAAGGAAAGGAUGCGUCAACAUUCAGACUCAACAUCACCAAUGCACUAGGGACACUCAGUGUUGAUGUUCCGGAGUACAGCCCUCUCGAUCAUUUUACUGCCCCUGCGCCUAACAUCACAAGUGUUGUUCCUGUAUCCUCCCAUACAAUGGAUAUCCGAUGGACGCUCUCUGGUUGUAACCUAUACAUUCAGCAUUUUAAGUACAAGUUGACAUAUCAAGAUCGCUCCACAGGGGAGGAGCUAACGCCGGUUAUUAUAAAGUAUGACAGGCAGCAUGCUUUAAUUCUGGAAAAUGCCAAUACAGAAUACUGUUUUCAAAUGACAGCUCGUAAAAGUUCGUCUGACUGGGGGCUGUCAUCUAAGGAAGUGUGCCGUAGAACUCUACCAACAGUGCCCAACGUAGGCUUUGAGGGAACAGACUACACCACUAUUCAAAGUGAAGAGAGAGAGGAUGAGAGAGAUAUUAUACUAACAUGGAAGCUGAUUAAAACUGACAGUAAACCAUUCCAGGGAGUUAGUCGCUUCGAGUUAGAAGUGAGACGAGACCGAAAAACCAUCGACGACGGGACAGAGGGCAACACUACGAUCAUCUAUGAUCUUGAGGGUCGUAAUGAUUACAGUCUGGAUCUGGACACUUUCAACCACACAAUACAAGGUCUUGCCAGGUAUGAGAACUAUACGAUCACUCUGUUGGCAGUAAACUCAGCUGGAAGAUCUAAAGCUGUAACCCUAAAAGUCGUUGCUAUGGUGGUGAGCAAAGAAGGAAUUUCAGUUUUGAUUAUUGCUGGAGUGUGUGUUCCGCUGGUCGUCCUGCUAAUCUUAGCCCUUCUUGCCUUUGCGUACCAGAGACUUGAGAACAACUCAAAGGACUUACCAAAGCCUGUCUACCGUGACAAUGUGGGCAACGUGAAGCCGACCAAUAUCGAGCGUGAGGUGUUUGAUGAGCUCCCAUCAGUCACGAAGGAGAAGCAGAGACAACUGCUCAUCAGCCUUUCCAGAGAGUCAGCAGACUCUCAGUCAGAAGACAAAGGUUACAGAACAUCCAGUACCAGCACCUCUGGGGUGGAGACAGACACAUCUUCCUUGGAAAGGGGGAAGGUGGAAAAAGUUCCACUUCUCAAGAUGCGCGAGAUGCGGAACUUAGGCGGUAGCAUCGACUCAAGUCCGUAUUCCCUGCUGUCUGAACUCACCCCCUCCCGGCCUCAUCUUCAGAUGGCGCAGGAUGCUGUGGAAACAGAUUUGGACUCGUUUUCGCCUCCGGGAGGACACUAUUCCUCCACGGAUGAGGGGACGUCGGUGGGAGGAAGCAGCUCUUACAACCAGCUCAGUUGCUUCCGGGACACGUCUCAUCCAAAUCCUUACUAUUCAAUGUUCGGGCAGGUUCCAGUGAGGUCUAUUGAGCCAUCGAAUGACUCAGGAUAUGUAGCUGAUGGGAGUCAACAAUGCUCCAAUGUUGGAUAUGACGAUCACCUACUUCGAGCUGACGAUGCGGAUGACGAGUCAAGCCAGCCUUCAACCCCAGCCACUCCGAAUUGUGCCUACUACUCCUCUCUUUCCGAUCGUACUGACCCUGCUGGCCAAGAUAGGUCCUCUGGACCCUACUGUGAUCCGUACGUGAUUGCAGCGGCCAUGCCAAGUUCCCCACCAUUGAGAUUACAGUCUGUAAACCUAGCCACGAUUGAAGAGAGUCCAAACCAUUAUGUACCCCAGGCAGCACCUAGGGUCCCAAAUUCUCAUAACGGCUCGCAGCCCCCCUGGAACUCUGGCUAUGUGGAUAACACUGACAUAUUUAUGGGAAGGCCUUCUAGCCCACAAGAUGAUGCGAGUAUUGACAGUAACCCCUCUUCUUCACAAUCCUCCCCAGAACAUGCUGUCAUCAUCCACACAAACACAAGAAGAAAUCCUGACCCUUCUGGUGAAUACAUGGAUAACACAUACUUUUCCCAUAUGCCCAGUACUCCAUUAAGCAACAGCAGUCUUCCAACAUCAGCGGUCAUUGAUACUCCCAUCGCCAGUCCAGUCAAGAGUAGCCCAAGAACACCUCAAAGCAAUGGGUACGUUGACUGCCCACCUACCUCAAACUCGCCCAGCACCAGACCAAAAGGCAACUCUGGUUACGUCACGUGUGAGCAACUCCCGCAAGUCCAGACGUCUCUACCUCUUGAGGACACCCGCCAAGCCUCUGAACAACCCUUGCAGAGUCCUGCUCAUGUUGGCACAGUCCUGCCAACUCUCUCAAGAAAUGCCAGUGCAUAUGUGCCCAUCACUCAGAUGCCUGUUCCUGUACAAAGUGCUUACAUCCCUGCAGACACUCCUGCUCAAAGACAGGCUUCACAGAUAGAUAGUGGCCCUUCUGGCAUGGACACCAUGUUGCCUCAGUCCUUACCUGCAGCUGAUGUGAACAAUGAACCUACUGAUGGAGAACAGGAACCUUUGCGUGAUGAUCACAGGCAGGUAAAUUCAUCAGGGUACCAGCCACAGGAAGAAAUCCCAAAUACCAAGUUAGAAAGGGUACGAGAGAGUCCUACCCUGAGCAACAGCAAUGAAGGACUUCAGGUCUGUGAUGGCUCUGCACCUUCGCAGGUUGGUCCUAACAGACAUAGAUCAUUACCUUGUGUUAAUAAUGGAGGCUAUGUCAGCAAGGACAUGACAAACUUCCCCUGUAGGACUGAUCCUUCAUUCCCAAUAGAGCUGAAUAACAAUGGAUAUGUACGCAUCAAUUGAACAAAUCGUUCCUGUUUUCACGAAGUGACGGUAGUGAGGAAAAUCUGCAUUCAAAUUGUAUGCGAUUUUCAUUCACUACCGUCACUUCGUGAAAAUAGGGACGAAAUACAGCAGUCACUUUUACUAAGUCACCAAAGAAGUGAACUGAGCAAGAAAUAAAUUUUGAUGGAUACAUUCUGUUCUCAAGGAUGCCUACAACAGUUACAUAUCUCAAGGAUGGUGAUGACUGUGAUGACCCAUGGAGGCAAAGAACUUGUUUGAGGAGAAAUUGUAAUAUAUAUAUAUAUAAUCUCCCAUCUGAAAUGGGAGAGCCUGGAGAGGAGAAGAAAUGCUGCAAGCCUCCACCUCAUGUACAAGAUCUAAAACGACACAGUAGCCAUCAAUGCACACCAUUACACAGCACCCAUGAUUGCCAGCAACACACGACAGUAUCACUCAAAGAAGUUGCUGGCUAUCCCAUCCCGCACCCAGCUCUACCAGAACUCAUUUUUCCCUCGGACAGUAACUACGUGGAAUGCACUUUCAAAGAUCACCCUUGACGCUACUUCACUGGAGGUCUUCAAGGGAGCGUUUCCACCAAGCAUCUAGACCAAGAACUAGAUAGUUUAUUCCUCAGCACUACAUCCUGACUUAUGGAUCCUGCUGAGUAUCGUCGUAGAAGUAGAAGUAGAAGUAUAUUCCAAGUUUAUACUCAUGAUCAGGUCUAGCGCCAUCUCUUGUUCAAUGCCUUUUAAGAUUCCCCAGUUUAGUUCUCGAUCUAUUUUAAGAAGUUUGACAUUGUUGGAAAUGUUUGUGUAUUUGUCUGAAACUUGUGAUCAUUAUGUAAUUUACUGUAAUAGCUACAUGUAUAGUAUGUAUAAUCCGUAGGUGUUACAAUAUGUGUGUCCCAAGACAUUAUGGAUUUGCAUAAACAUAUACUGGUCCAUACAUGUCCGUUAUUGUAGAAUACAGGACAUGGUGCAAAAAAAAACUAAUGUUUAAAUUAUUUCCUUGUUUUAUUUUGUUUAUGGAUUAAUCAAGGCUGUCAACAGGUUCUCAAAUAUAGGGAACACCAAAUUAGGGAGUGGAAUGUUCUAGUAGGGGGCUGGCUCCCUCUCCAUGUAAGGACUACUUAAAUGGGGUGUUAAAGUAGGCAUACAUAUCAAUGCAUUGUUGAGUAAAAAAUCCCCCCCCCC